UUCCUCUAUUUUUAUGGAUGAAUGCACACAAAACCACUCCAAAACAGAGGACAGAGAAGAAAUCUGGAUUAGCAAGAGAUGAAGCUUUUUCUUUUGCUACCCUUCAUCUGUUGUUACUCCAUCGCCGAUGCCCAGUGCAGGAGUGGAGUGAGCUCCGGCACCUUCAAUGUGUUGCAUUACGGUGCCCGAGCCAACGGAUUCAGCGACGAUAGCAAGGUGUUCAUGGCAGCGUGGAAGGCGGCAUGCGCUGCAAGCGGUAACGUCAAGCUCCAUAUACCCAGAGGGAAGUACCUUGUCGGCCCCGUCAAGUUCGAUGGCCCUUGCAGAAAUGUUCACUCCAUCACGGUUUACAUGCAGGGGUACUUGAAGGCCUCCACCGACCUGAGCAAGUAUGUCGAAGGUGACGACUGGAUACAGUUUGGACAUGUAGAUAAGUUGACCUUGACAGGGGGAGGCACCUUCGAUGGUCAAGGAGCUGUAUCCUGGCCCUUCAACAAGUGCCCUAGGAAGAAGAACUGCAGAGUUCUCCCCACGUCGAUUAAGUUUCUGGCCACCGCCGACACUGUCGUCAGGAGAGUCAAAUCCCUGAACAGCAAGUUCUUCCACGUAGCUGUCGUGGGAUGCAAGAGAUUCCAUGGCAGUAAUAUAAGGAUCCAUGCACCUUCCAAUAGCCCCAACACCGACGGAAUCCACAUAGAACGUAGCUCGGAUGUCACCAUAUGUAACUCGGUGAUCGCUACAGGAGAUGACUGCAUCUCGAUAGGGCAGGGCAACGUGCAUGUGCGAAUCAGCAGAAUCACCUGCGGUCCAGGGCAUGGAAUCAGUGUUGGGAGUUUGGGAAGAUACCGCGAUGAGGGCGAUGUCAGAGGGCUGGUCGUGAGAGACAGCACCAUUUCUGGGACGACAAACGGGAUAAGGAUCAAGACAUGGCAGAACUCUCCGGGAAGCAGCUCCGCUACGAACAUGACGUUCAAGAACAUAAGCAUGAAGGGCGUGGCCAACCCUAUCAUCAUCGACCAGAUGUACUGCCCCUACGUUUUAUGCCCAUCUCAGGCACCGUCUCGGGUGAAGAUAAGCGACAUCUUCUUUCGGGACAUAAGGGGGACGUCGGCGACGCCGGUGGCGGUGACGCUCAAGUGCAGCAGAGGUGCGCCGUGCCGCAAUGUCAAUCUCCAUAACGUGCAUCUGAGGUACACCGGCGGAGCUGCGGCCACCGCCGAGUGUUGGAACGUUAAAGCAAGAUACAGCGGGAUUCAGAUGCCGGCGCCGUGCCAUUAGUGUUGGCUGAUGUGGGUCAU